AUGAGCCCGUCACCGGGUGACCACCCUAACCGGACUGUUCCGGAAUGGAUGGAUCCAAAAAAUAUCCAUGGACAAUUGUAUUACCUUGUGCUCAGAGGACGUGGAGGAGCGAGUUUCCCGAAAAACCCAUUCGUUAUCGGAAGAACGAUAGAACAACAUGCUGGAAAAAUCGAAGGAGCCUUUUUCGAGAAGAAUAAUAACUGGUACGUGCUAAAAAUUCGAAGUUUAGAUCAAGUUCGAAAGAUUGCCACCUUAAAGCAUCUUCUCGAUGGAACAGCAAUUGAAAUUGGACGCCACCCGAAAUUGAAUAUUCGAAAAUUUGUGAUCCGUUGCUCGGAAGUAGAUGAAAUGUCAGAGGAAGAUCUUAAGAAGGAACUAGCAUCGCAAGACAUCACUGAGGUUCGCAGAAUAACUAAAAAAACGUCGACAGGAAUAGUAGGCACAUCCACACUGAUUCUGACUAUAAACUCGUCGGUGGUACCAGAGUUCAUUGACUUUGGUCUCCUCCGUGUACGCACUCGCCCCUAUUACCCUUUACCGUUGCUCUGCAGAAACUGCUUGCUGUAUGGUCAUCCGAAAAGCCGUUGUCAGAAUCCAAAAGCUUGUAAUGUUUGCUCAGGCCAGCAUGAAAGCGAAAAUUGCCCAUCAAAAUCAAAACCGUUUUGUCAGAACUGCAAAGGACCGCACGCUCCCGUUUCUCGGGAUUGUCCGGUAUGGAAAAAAGAAGAAGUAAUACUGAAACUUAGCACCGAUAGCAAUAUUUCGAUUUCAUCCGCCCGAAGACUAGCCGAAAAUAAAAACGCAUUACCAACGUACGCAAGAGUCACCCAAAACCAGCCAAAACAAUCUACUUCAUCGAACACACCACAACACAAAACACUACCAGAAGAAAAGAAACCGCAGCAGCAAACCACCCAGCAGAAAAGAGUUCAUCAACAGCCAGCAACAAUUCCACAAUCAGCGCAGCAAACCAACAAAUUAUCGGAUUGCACUUCUCCGCCUCGGAAGAAGAACGUAUCGUCACCAGCAGUAACAGAAAAAGUUCUCAUCGAAGGAAAUUCUUCCAGCUCCCCUCCGGUUGCUUCUCACCCUUCUUCAGUGAAUGAAGUUGUCAGUGAGGAAAGGACAAAUUUUAAUUAUGAUCUUCGUGCGAGUACCAUCGCACAACAGAAUCGCAAGCAAAUACCCAGAUAA